AUGGCGGCGGGAAAUUUGAUGAAGUUGAAGAGGCCAAACAUAUUUUGGACUUCAUGUGCAACGCACACCUUCAAUCUUAUGCUUCAAGGAAUUGGCAACCAACCUAGAUUCAAAGGGGUCAUUGAGAAGGCAAAGAGCUUCACCAUCUAUAUUUAUGCACAUCACAAGACUUUGGCAUUGAUUAGGAAGUUUACAAAGAAAAGAGAUAUAGUGAGGCCGGGAGUCACUAGAUUUGCAACCGCCUUCCUCACUUUGCAAAGCUUGAUGGAGAAGAAGAAUGAGUUGAGAGCUAUGAUCACUAGUGAUGAAUGGAAUGCAAGCAAACAUGCAAAGAGUGUAAAGGGGAAGACGGCGGUGAAUAUUGCUUUGAGUGCUUCUUUUUGGAAUGAGGUAAGUCUUUGCUUGAAGGUGUUUGCCCCUUUAGUCAAGGUGCUUCGCCUUGUUGAUGGGGAUAGAAAGCCAUCAAUGGGCUUUGUGUACGGAGAACUACUUAGAGCCAAAGAGGAGAUUAAAAUGGCAUUCAAAGAUCAAGAAGCUCACUAUCGUCCAAUCCUUGACAUUGUUGAUGGAAAAGCCCGUGAUCGGCUUGAUAGUCCAUUGCAUUUAGCGGGUUACCUCUUGAACCCUUACUACACAUAUGGCAAUUCAAGCAUUGAGAAUGAUAAUGUAGUCAUGGAUGGGUUAUUCACUUGUGUUGAGGUAUUCUUUCCCGAUGACAUUCAAACUCAAAGUUUGGUGACAAAUGUAGAAUUGCACAAGUAUUUGAAGAAAGAGGGUGGAUUUGGAAGAAGUUUGGCUAAGGCGGGAUGCGCACAAAAUGAUGACAAUUAUAAUCCGGUUUUGUGGUGGAAUAUUUAUGGUAACCUUGUACCAAAAUUGCAAAGUAUGGCUAAAAGGAUACUUGCAUUGACCACAAGCUCAUCCGGAUGUGAGAGAAAUUGGAGCACUUUUGAGGGGAUCCAUACAAAGAAAAGGAAUAGACUAGAUACAACGAGGUUAAACAAUUUAGUCUAUGUCCAAUUCAAUGCCAAGAUUCUCAACAAGAAGAGAAGAAUGAAAGAGAGGAAUGUGGAUGUAUUACUAGCAUGUGAAGCUACUAUGGCCCAAGGAUGGAUUGUGGAUGGUGGUGAUGAAGAUGUAGAUUCCGAUCUUACUAGUGAUGUAGUUGGAGAGGGAUCGGGAUUGGGAGUGGAUAUUAGCUUAGAGCCUAGGAGAAGUAGUAGAAUUCAAGAAAUUAGAGAACUUCAUGAGGAUGAUUUUGUAUCGGAUGAAGAGGAAGAAGAUGAGAUGACUUUUGAGUUUGACUCCGAUGAGGAGGGAGUACUAGAGGGAUAUGGAGAAGAAGAAUUUGAGGAUUAGGCUUGGAAGAUUCAAAUUUGCAAUUUUUUUUUAAUUUCAAAGAACUCAUUAUCUCAUUUUUGUAGAA